GCUUCCAUGGUUAAUACUUAUAUAUACGUUACAUAUAUCUGUGAAACGAUGAGAGAACGUGUUCAUAUGUAAUUUUCUCUAACAUUACGACUACAUUCCUAUUAACGUAAUUACAAUUUAGAUGUAAGAAAUUCAUAAUCCGUAAGGAACAAAUUUUUGACGAGAAUUCAGUGAGUAUAAUUGACUUCGUUAAAUAUGAUGCCGGCUAUCAUAGCAAAUACUGAAAAUUACGAGACAGAGAAGCAUACACAGAUUGAGGAUUUAGAAAGAUAUCAAAUACCUUUAAACGGGCAUGUCAUGAAGGAGAAUAAAAAUACAGGUAAAACACUUGAACAUAACGUGGAAAUAAAUACAAAGAGUAACUCAAACGAUAAAGAGAUUAAAUUUAUUUCUCAUUCGUCAUUGAUCAAAGCUAAGAUACUUCAAGAAUCAAAUAAUGAUAGAAAAAAACUUCGCAAUGGAAAAUAUAUUAACGUUGAAGUUACACAAAAUUUGCACAAAGUCAAUAGGGACGCUAAUAAAAAUACACCGUUAAAACAAAAUGAUCAAUCGAAGAAACCUAUUAAAAGGAAAAGCGAUAUGGCUGAAGAAUUAGAAUCGAAGGCUCCUAUGUUGGUACAAAGUGGGCAAAACAUAAUGCACAAUAUUAAGUCUGAAACUGAACUAAAUCAGGAACAACAAGAAUCAAAUGAUAAGUUUGAAAACAACACCCUUAAGAAAACUAAAACAGAAAACGAUAAUUCAAGUAUAGAAGAGCCAAAAGCACUGUUUCAGAAACCUAUUAACAUUCACCAAAAGUGUGAAUACUGUUGUCAAAAACUAGCAAGUAACGAUAUAAAGAUAUAUCCCGGUCAUCCUAAUGGGGCAGAAGAAGAACUUAUUGCGUUAACAGACCCAAAGUUAUCUUUAUUCACAGGUGAAGAAGCUAUGGUCCAUGAAGGCGACGAAAGACCACAAAAUAAAUUAACAGACUUUUGUGUAUAUGAUAAAAAUGGACAUUUGUGUUCUUUUGACACUGGCCUAAUUGAAAAAAAUGUAGUACUUUAUUUUUCUGGUUAUAUGAAACCUAUCUACGAAGAAAAUGCUUGUCCAGAAGGUGGUGUGCCUACAAAAGAUAUGGGACCAAUAAAUGAGUGGUGGGUGUCUGGUUUUGACGGCGGUGAAUUAGCGCUCAUAGGAUUCACUACAGCAUUUGCAGAGUAUAUAUUAAUGGAACCUGCUGAAGCAUAUGCACCAUUUAUGGAUUCUGUGAAAGAGAAGAUUUACAUGAGCAAGAUAAUUAUAGAAUACUUGUUGGACGAACAUAAUCCUACUUAUGAAGAUUUGUUAAAUAAGUUACAGACUAUAGUUCCACCAAAAGGAUUAUCCAGAUUCACAGAAGAUUCCUUAUUACGAUAUGCUCAGUUUAUCUGUGAUCAAGUUAUUUCUUUUGAUUCGUCGGCAAGACCAGAAGAUCCUUUGCUAAUUACAAGUCCAUGUAUGCGAGCAUUAGUCACGCUUGCGGGCGUAACGUUAAACAAGAGACUUGCCCUGAGAACGCACCCUAAAGAUCAAAUAAAUAAGAAAAUUGCGUGGACGAAAGCUACAACUACAAAAUUAGUUAAUAAUAUGUUCGAAACAUUCUUCUCUGACCAAUUAGCUACAAAUCGUGAGAAAGAUAUAUCGGGACCUAAGAGGCACAGGUGCGGAAUAUGCGAAACCUGCCAACAACCUGAUUGUGGAGUUUGUUCUACUUGCAAAGAUAUGACUAAGUUUGGUGGAUCCGGAAAAGGUAAACAGGCUUGCAUGAGAAGAAGAUGUCCAAAUAUGGCUAUACAAGAAGCUGAUGAUUCGGACCAGGAAGAUGAAUUUAAUGAAACAUUAAUAGAAAAUACAAAAAUCACUCAAAAGAUGAUUUUGAAAGAAUUUAAGCACGUAGAGAAAGAAAUUACAUGGGUCGGAGAAUCGAUUAUCGAUGACGGUCGAAGGACAUUUUACAAGUCGGUAAUGGUAAUUGACGAAGAAAUAAACACAAAUGAUUAUGUAUUUAUUGAGUCGAAUGAUCCCACAGUACCAUUGCAAAUAGCGAAAGUCAUGUAUAUGUGGGAAGAUAAAAAUGGUGCAAAGUUGUGCCAUGUAAAUUGGUUUAGGAGAGGUAGUGAUACUGUACUUGGUGAAACAUCAGAUCCUUUAGAAUUGUUCUUACUUGAUGAAUGUGACAAUGUACCAUUUACUUCGGUUAAAUCCAAGGCUACUGUUAUUUAUAAAAGUAGCCCACAAAAUUGGAGUGAAUUAGGUAACGCAGAUUUAUUACCAGAAGACGAGUUACAGAAUAAAGAUGGUAAAACAUUCUUUUAUCAAAAACGAUACACGCCGGAAACAGCUCGUUUUGAGGAUCCUCCUUCAGAUCCUGUCUGUCAGAGAAAAGAAAUUAGUCAUCGGUUUUGUCCUGCUUGUGUACGCUUUACUGCAUUACAAUGCUUUUAUACGCCAAAGGUCUUUGAUAGAGAAGAAGAAAAAAGUAUCAAGGAAGUAACUUAUAAUAUGGUAAAAUAUAAAGAUGAAGAAUUUAAGGUUGGAUCUGUUGUAUUUUUAUCUCCAGGAAUUAUAAAAUUUAAAUAUACAUCAACAUAUCACACUGCUUCCAAAACGAAGAAGGGGAAGGUAGACGAAGAUAUGUAUCCCGAGUAUUACCGAAAGUCUUCGGACCACGUUAAAGGUUCAAAUUACGAUACACCUGAACCGUUUCAUAUUGGAUAUAUUAAAGCAAUAUACGCAAAGACAAAUAAUAAAUUAGUUGCUUCGUCCGAUGUAUGGAUUAAAAUAAAUAAAAUGUAUCGGCCAGAAAACACGCACAAAGGACUCACGUUAAUGCAACAAGUUGACCUCAAUAUGGUAUAUUGGAGCGACGAAGUCUGUGAUGUGAAAUUUUCUGAAGUAGCAGGUAAAUGCUACCUGGUGUAUUCAGAGAAUUUAGAUCAAUCUGUGGAGGAAUGGACAGCUGGUGGUCCGAAUCGCUUUUACUUUUCUCAGGCGUAUAAUGCUUCAGAAAAGACAUUUACCGAUCCGCCUAAUCACGCUAUGAAUAUUGGAAAGUCUGGAAAAGGAAAAGGGAAAGCAAAGUGCAAAAAUAAACAAUUAGAGAAUCCUAAUACUAAGAAAAUAAAUGAAACCCCGUUAGAGCAUUGUGUCGUUUCAGAAAAGUUGAAAACGCUAGAUGUUUUUGCUGGUUGUGGCGGAUUAUCUGAAGGAUUGCGACAAGCUGGUAUCAUAAACAAUCGAUGGGCGAUUGAAAAAGAUGAACCAGCUGCAUGCGCAUAUCGGCUUAAUAAUCCUGAUACAACGGUAUUUUGUGAGGAUUGUAACGUGCUUCUGCGAAAAGUUAUGAAUGGAGAACUUUGCGAUAAUAAUGGACAACGUUUACCUCAAAAAGGCGAAGUAGAAUUAUUAUGUGGCGGACCGCCUUGCCAAGGCUUCAGUGGCAUGAAUCGUUUUAAUUCACGACAAUAUUCUUUAUUUAAAAAUUCUCUAGUAGUAUCGUGUUUGUCUUAUUGUGAUUAUUAUAGACCAAAAUUCUUUAUUAUGGAAAACGUUAGAAACUUUGUUUCCUUUAAAAAAAGUAUGGUACUCAAAUUAACAUUAAGAUGUCUUGUACGAAUGGGUUAUCAAUGUACAUUUGGUAUUCUGCAAGCUGGAAAUUACGGCAUUCCGCAAACAAGAAGAAGAUUAAUAAUAUUUGCUGCUGCGCCAGGAGAGAUGCUUCCAAAAUACCCAGAACCGACUCAUGUGUUUAGCAAACGGGCAUGUCAAUUAAGCGUUAUUGUGGAUAAUAAAAAAUAUUCAUCAAAUUGUGAUUGGACAGAGUCGGCACCAUAUAGAACUAUCAGUGUUCGCGAUGCAAUGUCCGAUUUACCUAAUAUCCGAAAUGGUUGGAACAAAGAAGAAAUGGCUUACGGGGACGAGGCAAUUUCUCACUUUCAAAGAAAAGUUAGACCUAAGGAACCCGAUACUAUAUUGAGAGAUCACGUUUGCAAAGAUAUGGCACCACUGGUCGAAACUCGAAUUGCACAUAUUCCGACCGCAAGCGGAUCUGAUUGGCGUGACUUGCCAAAUAUUGCGGUACGUUUAAGCGACGGAACGUACUCGAAAAAAUUAGAAUAUACUCACCAUGAUAAGAAGGCUGGCAAAAGUUCUACUGGAGCAUUCCGUGGCGUAUGUAGCUGUUGCGAACGUAAACCAUGUGAUCCGAUAGAUAGACAAUAUGGUACAUUAAUUCCAUGGUGUUUACCUCACACUGGAAAUCGUCAUAACCACUGGGCAGGCUUGUACGGUAGAUUAGAAUGGGAUGGGUUCUUUGGUACUACCAUUACAAAUCCAGAACCUAUGGGCAAACAGGGCCGUGUUUUACAUCCUGAACAAACCAGAGUUGUAAGUGUACGAGAAUGUGCUAGAUCGCAAGGUUUUCCAGAUUCGUUCCGCUUUUAUGGGAGCAUACUUGAUAAACAUCGCCAGAUCGGUAACGCCGUUCCGCCACCAUUAGGCGCCGCUCUUGGUUUUGAGAUUAGAAAAUGCUUGAAAAAUGAAAACACUCAACACCUAGAAAAAAAAUUAGACAGUUUUAGCAGCGACUGAUAAUAAACAUUAGAAGCGUAAUCGGUGAAUGAUAUUUACAACAGAUUUUAAAUAUUUCAUUGGAUCUUAAUGGUAGCACAAUAUGUUAUAGAUGUAUUUUGCAUCUACAUAAAUUUACCAACAUGUGUUCCCUAAACAUAUGUAGGUACUUUCUUUUUACCAUUUACGUGACCAAAAGUAUUAUGUGAUGCAUUUAAUAUGCAAUGUUAACAGUAAAAAAAAUACAAAAUUUAUUUCGAUACAUAGCUCACCUGGGUGGGAAUCAGUAUUUUACGUUAAUACUAUUAAAGCAAUUCUCAAUCUUGA